AUGCACAGAACUGUUAUUAUCAGAAGAGACUACUUGCAUUACGUUCCAAAAUACAAUAGAUACGAAAAGAGACACAAGAACCUCGCUGCUCAUGUUUCUCCAGCUUUCCGUGUCCAAGAAGGUGACACCGUUGUUGUCGGUCAAUGUAGACCAAUUUCCAAGACCAUUAGAUUUAAUGUAUUGAAAGUUGCUGUUUCGGUCUCCAAGAGUAAGCAAUUCACUAAAUUUUAA